AUGCCUGAUCUUUUUCCCUCAGAUUUCCCCCUCCCAACAGGCUUUCUCCGUCCUUGGACUCUCUCCAUUCUGUUCUGGUAUCUAGAAGCUGUCUGCCUAUCAUCAGGUGUUGUCCUUCAGGAUAACUAUAAAGAUUGGGCCAGUGUGGCGUGUACAGCCUCUCCAAUCAGGAGGCCGGGCUUCAUCUCCUGUCCCACCAUGCUUCCUGCCACUUUCAAACUGUGUUGUGGAAUAUCUCACCAGCAUCUUAGGAAACUCACUGGUACCGUAUAUCCAAUGCUCACUUACUGCAAAAUUCUAGAAGUCAUUGAGAUUUAUGUAGUUUUGUCAGCGUGUUUUUUUUUUUGUUAGACUUUCUUUUUAUGUUUUGCUGUGUUUUGGAUUUUGUAUAUCAAAUUUUGGCACGUAGUUGCAAAUGUAGAGAAAUAUGAGAUUUUGUGUUGCUCUACAAAUUAUGUCAAUUUUUUUUUUCUUGCUUAGAGAGCAAGACUUUGGUUGAGUGGAUCUCCUUAUCUUUCACUUCUAUUAAUAAGUAAAGUGAAAAGACAUGACAAUAUUUUAUAUUAAGAGUGCAUACAAUGUGCAUGGUGACAUAUUUUGUACAGUUGUAUUAUAUUAUAUCUAUAUUAUGGUAUCAGCAAUGUGUUCGUGCAUUAUACAUAUAUAGAUAUAGAUUGUUGCCAAUAUUGUGGGUAACUAGAGUUGUUGUGUAUUAUUAUUAUUAUUAUUAUUAUUAUUUAUAAAGCACCAACAAAUUCUGCAGCGCUGUACAAUUUAUUGCUAUUUAAACAAGUGCAUCUUUCUUAGGUUUAUGUCUAAUUACAAGGGUGCAUUGUCGCUGGUAUGUAGCAUGGUUUAUUCUGCAAGUUCACAUCUAGAGAUCCUGAUCCAAUUAUGAUCAACCCAGAAGAUGUUUCAUGAUGUUAGUAGUUACAUAGCUAUAUUUCACAGCCUGUAGAACCCAACAGCUCAUGUAGAAGUCUGACCCGUGGAUGUAUAGUUUAUGACGUUAAUGCAUACGUACUGCAGUUAUGGAUUAUCAUUUUUAGAGUAUUGCCGUAAUGUCAGUGCAGGAAUCUCUCGUUUAUGCCCCAUAAUGCAUGUGUACACGUCUCCAAAUCAUGGCAGAUAAACUUAGUUCAUUCAAAAAUCAUUAAGGAGAGUGUGUGUGUGUGUGUUAGUUAAAUACAUGGCACUGUUGCUAAGCAACAUGAUUCAGACAACCUUUGAUGUGACUGACAUAAAACACUGGCAGACAUCAUAAAACAGUUUCUGAUCCGUGAUAACUAGAAGAUUGUAGAUUUUUGUCUUUUUCUGUCUAUCUAAUUAUCUUUAACUGUGAUACUCUGUGUCCUAGGUUCACGAUCAUCUACUUUUUAGUUUAUUUCAUUAUAAAAGAUAGCAAAUUAAUUAAAUACAUUUUCAAAGCAAAAUUGUGCAAUGUGAUGGAAAACUGCUAACUCUUGAGCAAUCACUGUUAAACCCUGUGGACUGUUCUGUGACAUGGUCCAGAUUUAGCACUCUGCACUGGGAUUGCCCAUAUCUGAUGGUCCUGCUUCACUUAGAGGAAGACAUCUCCUGGUUCUGUGCUAGCGCAGUGAUAUGUACCACCGACACAGCAGAGUUUGCAAUCUACAUACCCCAUAAUGCUCAUAUCUACAUAAUUGGUGGAAAGGAGUCACAGUGUAUUUGAAUGAACUGCAACCUUCUUUGAUGGUUAUUUCAUUUAGGCCCAGGAUAAACUAGCUCCAAUUUGCUGUUAUGUCAUAAUAACACAUUAUCCAACAUGAUAGCCAUGCUCACCAAUCUAUUUCUAUCAAUGCCAAAUUCUAUCCUCUGUAUCCAAUUACCUUUAAUAAUUAUUGGGUUUAUUAGUGUCUUUCUAUUUCUACCGAUGCAAGAAUGUAGCGUGGAAUUUGAAAAUGAAAAAAACCUCAAAACUAAGGCGUUUAAUAGGGAGAUUUUUUGUAGAUUUUAACAUAGAAACAUAGAAUGUGACGGCAGAUAAGAACCAUUCGGCCCAUCUAGUCUGCCCAAUUUUCUAAAUACUUUCAUUAGUCCCUAGCCUUAUCUUAUAGUUAGGAUAGCCUUAUGCCUAUCCCACGCAUGCUUAAACUCCUUUACUGUGUUAACCUCUACCACUUCAGCUGGAAGGCUAUUCCAUGCAUCCACUACCCUCUCAGUAAAGUAAUACUUCCUGAUAUUAUUUUUAAACCUUUGUCCCUCUAAUUUAAGACUAUGUCCUCUUGUUGUGUUGGUUUUUCUUCUUUUAAAUAUAGCCUCCUCCUUUACUGUGUUGAUUCCCUUUAUGUAUUUAAAUGUUUCUAAGUGUUUCAAAGUGUUUGGUUUAUAGUGCAGUUGACUUAAAACUGUUGAAGAAACUGAUUUAAAGAGAAUUUUGCUGAUAUUUCACGUCUUUUCUACAGGUUUACAAAGGACUGCAGUGGGAGCUUUUGGCAAAGAAAUAUCAAGAUUUAUUUUGAACAGCACUGAUUACUUUUUCCCAAGUAUACCAUAUUCUAUCCAUAGAACCAUUCAUAUGAAACUUGGUGAGCAUUUCCUUAUAGCUCUCAGGUCUUAUAGCUCUCCAUAGUCUGUCAUUUUGUUUUAAUUUUGCUUUAUGGCAAACUUGGUGAAAGUCUGCUUAACUCUUGCAUUAUAAAAGCAUGUUUCAUUUAAACCUUGUUUCCCUUGUAUGGUGGUAUUUUUCUAUUUUAUGUCUAAUGGGAUUCCGAUUGAAAACAGAACUCUAUUGUAUCAGCAUUGAAUUACAGACAUCAGUUUAAAUAGACCCUUGAUCAUGCUGAAGUGCUUUAUGUGUGAAGAGUGUCCUCUUUUUUUCAGAUUUCAAUCAAUAUUGGCACUUUUUUUUUUAUAUAAAUUAAAUUAAAAACUGAAAAGUCUCAUCAGUCUGGUAGACACGGUGACUACAAAAUGUCUUGGAAACAUAGCCAAGAAGGUUUAACUGAAACAUGUCAUUGGUGGUAAUAUUACAUUUAUUGACUGUGUCUUAUGUUUCAUUUUAUAUCUCACUGUGUUUGGAGUGACUUACACAGGGUGAUUCUAGAACCUAUUUUUGUAUUUGCCAACAAUAACCCUGUCACUAAAUGCAUUGUACUUUUAUAAAGUAUCCACACUCAAGAGACAGGCCAUUGCCCAGAGCAGGGCCUCACACUGCAACAGAAGCAAUCCUUGUUACAUGUAUCUGUCAAGGAGCUGGCCUUACACCCCCAGAGAGCCCAGCUCCUUCAUAGCACAGUGUGUACAAAGCAGCUACUGAGUGGGUGAGAUGGGACAUUAUGUUUUAAGCCCCUCCCACACCCCUCACUAGUGCUUCUUCAUACACCGCAUGGGAACUGCUGUCUCAGGUGGGAGCUGUCCUGUGAUACUGGAGAUGGAGCUGCCCUGUAAUGCUGCACAUGGAGUUGAGGGUAGAGAAGGUACUAAAGUUGGGGUUGGGAGAGGGGAGAUAGUGAUGUGAGUAGAGAAGGUGAGGGGAGAUAGUGAUGUGAGUAGAGAAGGUGGGGGAGAUAGUGCUGGGAGUAGAGAAGGUGGGGGGAGAUAGUGCUGGGAGUAGAGAAGGUGGGGGGAUAUAGUGCUGGGAGUAGAGAAGGUGGGGGGAUAUGAGUGAUUUAGGAGUAGAGAAGGUAAGGGAUAUAGGUGGUCAUGAAGUAGAGAAGGUGAGGGGGGAGAUAAUUGCUGGGAAGUAGAAGGUGGGAGGCAAUUUUGAGGUACAAGAGGUGAGGAUAUAGUGCUACAGGAGUAGAGAAAGGUGGGGAUGCAAUUUUGGGGUAGCGAAGGUGGGAGGAUAUUGUGCUGGGAGUAGAAGGUGGGGAUAUAGAUUGCUGAGAGGUAGAGGUGGGGGAUAUAGUGCUGGGAGUAGAGAAGGUGGGGAUAUAGUGCUGGGGGGGUAGAAGGUGGGGAUAUAGUGCUGGGGGUAGAAGGUGGGGAUAUAGUGCUGGGGUAGAAGGUGGGGAUAUAGUGGGGGUAGAAAGGUGCAGAGGGGGAUGGUACUGAGGGGUAGAAAGGUGGGGAGAUAGUGCUGGGAGUAGAGAAGGUGGAGAGAUAGUGCUGGGGGUAGAAGGUGGGGAGAUAGUGCUGGGAGUAGAGAUUAGAGAUAUACAUUAUUUGGGAGUAGAAAGGUGAGGGAUAUAGGUGCUGGGAGUAGAGAAGGUGGGGAUAUAGUGCUGGGAGUGCUUGAAAGGUGAGGGGGAGAUAUAGUGCUGGGGAGUAGAGAAGGUGGGGAUAUAGUGCUGGGAGUAGAGAAGGUAAGGGGGAUAUAGUGGCAGGGAGUAGAGAAGGUGGGGAUAUAAUUGCUGGGGAGGUAGAAGGUGGGAUAAGUGCACAGGGGUAGAGAAGGUGGGAUGGUGCGGGGGUAGAAAAGGUGGGAUAUAGUGCUGGGGGUAGAAGGUGGGGGGAGACAGGUGCUGGGAGUAGAAGGUGGGGGGAGAUAAGGUUAUUAAGCUGGGGUUAAGUAAGAUAGUGCUGGGAGUAGAGAAGGUGGGGGGAUAUAGUGCUGGGAGUAGAGAAGGUGGGGUGGGGGGGAUAAGGUUAUGAAGUUGGGAUGGGGGAGGAGAGAGUGCUGGGAGUAGAGAAGGUGAGGGGAUAAGGUUAUGGGGGUGGGGGGUAGAGAAAGAUGGAGCUGGGAUGGACUGAAGGAGAGUAAGCUUGGGGGAGAAAUGGAGAUCGAGCUUUGAAGAGAGAGGAAGCUAGGGAAAGGGAGAAGAAGCUGAGUGUUAGAUGGACAUGGAGCAGGAUAGGAGAGAGAGGGAGCUGGGUGUUAGAUGGACAUGGAGCGGGAUAGGAGAGAGAGGGAGCUGGAUGUUAGAUGGACAUGGAGCAGGAUAGGAGAGAGAGGGAGCUGGGUGUUAGAGGGACAUGGAGCAGGAUAGGAGAGAGAGGGAGCUGAGUGUUAGAUGGACAUGAAGCGGGAUAGGAGAGAGAGGGAGCUGGGUGUUAGAGGGACAUGGAGCAGGAUAGGAGAGAGAGGGAGCUGGGUGUUAGAUGGACAUGGAGCAGGAUAGGAGAGGGAGGGAGCUGAGUGUUAGAGGGACAUGGAGCGUGAUAGGAGAGGGAGGGUGCUGGGUGUUAGAUGGACAUGGAGCGGGAUAGGAGAGGGAUGGAGCUGGGUGUUAGAGGGACAUGGAGCGGGAUAGGAGAGAGAGGGAGCUGAGUGUUAGAUGGACAUGGAGCAGGAUAGAAGAGAGAGGGAGCUGAGUGUUAGAUGGACAUGGGGCAGGAUAGGAGAGAGAGGGAGCUGAGUGUUAGAGGAACAUGGCGUGGGAUAGGAGAGGGAGGGAGCUGGGUGUUAGAUGGACAUGGAGCAAGAUAGGAGACAGAGGGAGCUGAGUGUUAGAUGGACAUGGAGCAGGAUAGGAGAGGGAGGGAGCUGGGUGUUAGAGGGACAUGGAGCAAGAUAGGAGAGAGAGAGGGAGCUGGGUGUUAGAUGGACAUGGAGCAGGAUAGGAGAAAGAGGGAGCUGGGUGUUAGAGGGACAUGGAGCAAGAUAGGAGAGAGAGGGAGCUGAGUGUUAGAUGGACAUGGAGCAGGAUAGUAGAGAGAGGGAGCUGAGUGUUAGAGGAACAUGGCGUGGGAUAGGAGAGGGAGGGAGCUGGGUGUUAGAUGGACAUGGAGCAAGAUAGGAGAGAGAGGGAGCUGAGUGUUAGAUGGACAUGGAGCAGGAUAGGAGAGGGAGGGAGCUGGGUGUUAGAGGGACAUGGAGCAAGGUAGGAGAGAGAGAGGGAGCUGGGUGUUAGAUGGACAUGGGCAGGAUAGGAGAAAGAGGGAGCUGGGUGUUAGAGGGACAUGGAGCAAGAUAGGAGAGAGAGGGAGCUGAGUGUUAGAUGGACAUGGAGCAGGAUAGUAGAGAAAGGGGUAGCUUAGUGCUAGAGGGACAUGGAGCAGGUUAGGAGAGAGAGGGAUCUGGGUGUUAGAUGGACAUGGAGCAGGAUAGGAGAGAGAGGGUGCUGAGUGUUAGAUGGAUAUGGAGCGGGAUAGGAGAGAGGGAGCUGGGUGUGAGGAGUAGAUGGAGUUUAUUGGCGAAACAAUCAAUAGUUUUACUUCAAGGGAUUCUAUAGUCACCUGGUAUCUAUAGCCUGUCCCUGCAGGCUGAACACUGUAAACAUUGCCUUUUUAGAGAACUCCUCUAGUGGCAGUCACUCGAAUGGCUACUAGAGGUGCUUCCUGUGUCAGUACUGCACAGUGUGCAGAAACACUAAAAGUUCCCCGUAGAGAUGUGUUGAAUCAGUUGAGAUAUUUUUUGUCUACACACCAAACGAGCCUCUUUAUUCCAACAGAAAUAUAAAUUGAAAAUGGUAGAGUAAUGUUAGAAUCACACUGAUCAUUUUGUCCUUGCAGGAAUUAAUAUAAAACCCUGCCCCUCGCAGAAUACAAUGCUUUCCAGUAGAGAACUAUUUUAUGUGAAUCAGGCCGAGGAAACACUCAAUAAAGCUAUAUCAAUGCUCCACCAACAGGAAGGCUGGCAUGCUGAAGUGCAUCUGGUGAGUGGCACACAUUAUAAUACCUGGCACUUCUGGAAUAUACUUUAGGUUUAUUAAUAUUUAUUUAGCGCCAACGUGUUCUGCAGAACUUUCAGGGCCAGAUUUUCCUCAAUGCUGCCCCCACCUGAUAUAUAUAUAUGUGUGUGUGUGUUUUGUGUUUUGGAUACAUUAAUGGAACUAGUUAGGGUUAUGAUUGAAUUGUGAAUUUUACUAGGUGGGUGGGUGCUGAGAGAGGGUGUGUUUGUUUAUGUUGUGUUGCUUGUUUAUGGGGAUUCAGCUUGACAGGCUGUGUGUGGAGUUGCUGCUUGUACUACUGCAGGUGUGGAGGAGAUGUUGGUUGUGUGGUUGCAGUUGUGGAGGGAAGGACACUUGUAGAGUUACAUGUGUGGGAGGGUGCCUGUUGUGGGAUUUUGUGUGGUUUGGAGCUGUAGUGUUUUGUUUAGGGGGCUGUUGUGUAUGUUGGGGAUAGGGGCUAUAAGGUGUGUUUGUGGGGAUAGGGACAGUAUGGACUGUUAUGUAUGUGUAUUGGGUGGGUCCGCUCAAAGGAUUGGCAGGUCUACUAACCAGGAUGGCCUACGGAGGGCAGACCAUGCAAGGAGCACUGUUUCAGUGUCUCAACAGGGCCUUAGUGACCUAGACAUUGCGCAUGAUCGUGUAGUGAUAUGCUCAUGCUAUGCUUGUUGUGGACAGUUUUACAAAAGCAGGACACGAGGGAACUAAGUCAGGGCAGCAAGAUUGAACUCAAGACUGUCCUGGGUCACUUGGGAGGCCUGAUAUGUUAUUUCUGUCUCAGUAGCACAUGGUAGCUCCAGCCUCCAGCAGUGCCCCUGCACACAUGUAACUCCAUACUUUAAAAAUAUGUGCAUUAUAUUGAUCAUUAGAUGAAUCCAUAUCAAGACUUUGAGAAAAAUGUAAGACUUUCUGUUUAAAGAGAAGUGUUUUUGUUUACCAGAGAAAUGACAUUCCCUCAUUCCUUCAACCAAGUAAACACUAUUUAUAGAGUUUGCAGGGUUGAAUAACACAGAAGAGUUAAAUAAUAACCGCUAUUGCCCCACGAUGCCUCGGCAUGUGAAUGUGUGCUCUUGCAUUUAAUGGAGGAAUGCCAUAGCUACACAUGUACGGUCUGCAUUUUCUCCAGCAAUGCUGUGUGCAUGUAUUGAGCAACAUGGCAUUUUAAGUGUUAACAAAGUAACAAUCGUUUUUGAAGGGGGUUAAACUUUCGAGGAGGUUAUCGUUUAACUUUAUGGAAUCUUGUUCCAGGUAUUUUGUGAAAGUACUAAUGUUGAUUAUAACUUCUGUGCAGGAAAAUGGCGACUGGAUACUCAGUAAAACUUUCCCAAAGGUAGGAAAAGUAUUUCGUGCUGAGGCCACUAUAGAUUCACCACCUGAUCUUAUUUAUACUCAACUCUUCGAAAAUCUCGAGCAGAUGAAUCAGUGGAAUCCAAACAUCAGUAAAGUGGAGGUAAUGGAAACAUAAUUAAUUUGUGAUGUGACUACUGAUGAAGUUCAUUAUAAAAUCUGAAGGUUUUUCUGUGUGAAUGGUUACCUUGAAAUCAUCAUUUAUUACUGAUAAAAAAAGGUUGGAAACAGCAUGGUAUGUCAGCAGCCAAUCAGAGUGAAGGAUUUGCUGAUUGGUACCUAACUUCCUGCUCUGUUUGAAAUGGUAAAGUUAUUUUUCACUCCUCAAAAUGUAGUGAUAAAAAAACAAGCUGCAUCGCUAUACUUUCACCUCGUGACUAUAAAGUGGUCAAAUGCAACAUGUAGGACGGGUUUGGAUCCCCUGAGAUUGAUGUAAUAUAAUUACUGAUAUUGUCACUCUCUUACGAUGGUUACCCCACCUACUUCAGGUGGAAUCUCAUCAAUAUAUUAUUCUUGUAUUUGUGACAUUCAAAUUUAAAUAAGGAAUUAUAAAAAUGACGAUUGCAAAAAGCAUAGCAGCCAAUCAGAAUCAAUGAUUUGCUAAGAUGUACCCAACCUCCCACUCUGCAUAAAAUGGCAAAACAGUUUUUUGAUAUUUUGUAUGAUCCAGCAUGUCAAACAUGCUUAAAAGGACACUAUAGGCACCAAGACCACUUCAGAUUUAAGUGGUCUGUGUGCAUUGCCCCAGGUCCCUUAACUCUGAUCAAGUCAUUUUGCAGUUUUUGAUAAACUGCAAUAAUUACCUGCUAGGGUUAGCACCUCCUCUAGUGACUGUCUACCAUGGAGACACUACGCAUGGGGACAUCCAUUGUCGCCCAAAACCCCAUAGGAAAACAUUGAAUAAAGCUUUAUUAUGGGGAAAUCAUAAUGCGACCGCGGCCGCCCAUGUGCAUUAGGUCUUUCCCGCCGGCAGAUGGGAGACUAGAAAAGGAGGUCCCAAGCCAGCGCCGAGGGACAUUGGCGCUGGACCCAGGUAAGUGACAGAAUUAGUUUUUAACCCCUUCUGGACCAUGGCAGGGGGAGGUGGGCUUGACAGAGGGGGUAAGCUGUAGUGCCUGGAAAAUGGGUUUGUUUUCCUGGCACUAUAGUUUUUCUUUAAAGGGUAACUCUGACCUUUUGAAAGUGGGGACCUUUCCAUUAUACUAUGCCUUGUUGAGCAAGGUGGAGAAGCCACUGCGCCACCUCCUGAAGUCACUGACAUGGAUUUUGACGUCUCAGAGUGCAUGUGCGUGCUCCAGUGCAGUGAGAGGAGGGAGGUUGGUUGGAUGGUGGGUUUAAAAAACUAAAUGUUGCCCACAGGGAGGUAGGAUGAGAAAGGAAAGCUAGGCAGGGCUUAAAUUGUGUUUUUGCAGUGCAUAAUAAAAUUACAACAAGCCUGAGGUACCCCAACGGCAGUCCCCAGGCAUAUUAUCACACUUUACAAUUGGGGUAAUCGAUGAUAUAUGCACAAUUUUAUAUUUUAAACAGGCUAUGAUCAUAUGAUAUGGAACAUGCUAGGUACAUCGAUUGAUUAUUCAAGCUAGAGAAACACAGUACUAGUGCUGGCUCAUAGAAGUUUUACAGACUAGAGUCGAGACCUAGUUACUGGUUGCAUAAACAGAGUGAGAGCAGGGGCACUAUGCCCAUGAGUGGUAGUAUGGUAAUGCACUUAAGAGAUUUAGGCUAGGCCUGAAUGUCAUGCAUUGUAGAUCUAAUCUAGCAUAUUAUAUUAAACACGUUUAUGAGCCCAAGCUUGUUCUAAGUAAAGGAGUAGUAUAGGAGUAGCAAACAAGCUAAGUAAGAGAGUGGUUAGAAUGCCACUGGGGACUUGUCAUGGAAUAUAGUCAGACAAGAGUUAAUGCUAAGAGCACAUAUACGUGUUAGCUGGCCUGGAUAACCCCUCUGCCCGCUCCCUCCAUCCACUUGGCUAAGUAUGAAAGGAAUAGCAUCCCAGCAUAGUGUUAAACACAGCUAGUUCUGCUCUGUGUGUCUCGGGUUGCCGCACGGGCUCAUAUCUUGCGUCCUCCGAUCUAGUGCUAUCUGGAGCCGGCCUCAGAGUCCGCGCGUGGGUCCGCCUAGGUGUCAGGCAGUGAUGUGAGAUUUCUUCUCCUCAUGGCUUUGGUGAGUAGUUGCUGGAGCAUCGGUGCUGGGAUGCGGGUGGGUGCCGCCGAGAAUUAUUUUUCAACUGUUGGACUUUCGUAUAUGUGGUGGUAGGUAGCCUAUGAAUGGAGGCAGAGAUCCUUCCACGUCCUCUCUAGGGAUUCCACAUGUAGGCUGCUCAGCGUGGACGUUCUCCUCGAGGCUUAGGUGGCGGCCAUUUUAGCUUCAGAGUGUGGUAUUCUGAGUGCAGAUUAAAUUGUAGCGUUCGCUUCCCUGCUGUUGUGGAUCUUCCAGUGGGUACCGGGAUAACCCCCACCGGUCCAAAGGGUGGGGAACUGGACCAGGACCACGUCAGAGAGCCAAUGUGUGAUAGCCAGCGGAGAAAGCAGGAUGGCGGCUGUCCACCCCGCUCCUACCUUGAGUAGGCUGCAACCUCCCGGGCUCCAAAAACUCCCGAUGUCUGCUGCAUCACUGACAGCCAUGUGUUUGUUUUGUAGUCAUUCUGGGCUCAGAUUUAGCUCAAGAGCUGGAUAUUUCAGUGUAUAAGGCUGAGACCCUCACGAGCCUCUCCUGCAUGCGACCGGUCAGCAUGUCGGCCUGGCCCUGCCCCCGACAACAUUCAUAUUUUAUUCAAAGAAUGACAUUGCCAUCCCUGUUCAUAGUUUGAGGCUGCAAAUAUCAUGUGUGAUGGAGGUGCAACUAACCUCACCACAUAAUUACAAAUAUCUCAGUAUGUGCAGUGGUUCAUGCAGAAUCAUUGCACUUACUGACUCCUUCCAGCAUGAUUACUGAAGUGGUCAUGGUGUUUGGAGUAACCCUUUAAGUAAAAACACAUUUCUGACAAUGCUACUUUAAAAGUAUUUUAAAGAAGUCUAUAGGGUCAGGAACACAAACUUAUAUUCCUGACCCUACAGUGUUAAAAUUACCAUAAUGCACCCUGGCCUCCCUAAAUAUAGUAAAAUCUUACUUGUGUCCAAGUCUGUCGCUGCUGGCUUUGCCCCUGGCCUGCCUGCUGUCUGCUGACAUCACCAGAAGUGCUGGUCUGAGCCAUAGGAUUGGCUGAGACUGUCAAAGAGGCAGAUCCGAGCCAGCACAAAUCAAGCACAGCCCUGGACAAUCAGCAUUUCCUCAUAGAGGUGAAUUGAAUCAAUGCAUCUCUAUAAGAAAAGUAUAGUGUCUGCAUGCAGAGGGUGGAGACACUAAAUUGCAGUACUGCACAAGGAAACACUUGACCCAUUUGAGAAGUGGUCAGUGAAGUUAUCACUAGGCUGUAAUGUAAACACUGCAUUUUCUAUGAAAAGACAGUGUUUACAGCAAAAAGCCUGAAGGUAGUGAUUCUGCUCACCCGAACAAAUUCGAUAAGCUGUAGUUGUCCCUUUAAGGGUUCCAUUUACACUUUCAUUUCUAUUGGACGGGCUAAUUUCUGCCAAAUAGCUUCACCAUAAGAUAAACUGAUAUAGGAGAAUAAAUGUAAAAAGAAAAGUAAUAAUGAUACAUUUUUCAUUUAGUAUAACAUAAAGAAAAUAUUACAUUAGUUAUAUUUAUUAUUGUACCAGAUCAAUUAAGAUUUGAUUAUUUAAAAUAAUUAAGGUGCAGCAGACUUCUAAAUGUGUUGAUGGCAUUAGUCCGAGCAUCACAGAAGAUGCCGGCUGCGGAACUGCCAAGCUGUUCAAAAACCACCAGGGAACUCCAGGCAUUAUAAUCACUUCAAUGAGAUGAAGUGGUUUUUGAGCCUAGCGAUAAGAUAAAGAUAGAUAUUUUAAGCUAAAAUAUAUAUCGAGAACAAUUUUCGAUGUGCUCGUUAAUAUUGUCCAAAUGCUAUUAUCACUCCCACCGAGUAUCUCUUGGCUCUCCGAUUUUUUUUUUUCAAGACUCUUUUUCACACAUUACCAAAUGAAGUCCAAAUGAGAAAAUCCAUGUUGAAACUAACCAUUAAAUUUCCUUUAGAUCCUUCAAAAAAUUGGAAGAAACACUCUCUUGACACGUGAAGUGACAUCAGAUAUUCAAGUAAAUGUAAUCAACAAAAGGGACUUUGUCAGCGUACGGCACUGUUGCAAGAGGGGGUCUGCCUUUUACCUUGUGGGAACCGCUACGCAUUCUGAGUUAAUGCCACCACAACAAGGAGUUAUCAGGUAUUGGAAUGACCUGCUAUGAUUUAGUAGGAACACUUUUCCUGAACAGACUUUUUUUUUUACACAUUCUACAUUUUUUUGCACAAACAACGGUGGUGAUAAUUUAUUAAAAAUAAAAUUAGCAUAUUAAACCCUUGUUUAUGGUACAUCUCACCACCACUGUGUUGCUUUGUGCAAAAAGAAAUAGCUGGGUAUAUAAAUACUGAGACUGCCAUGGAUCUCGUGAUUAUACAUGUGUUGCUUUGGGUGGCUGGAAGUCACAACGUAUCCAUAUCUACCAUAAUUAGAUUUGUUUAGUUUUUGCAUUACCACUACUAGGCGGCACUGUAUCGAUGCAGAUUUUUAAAAUUUAUUUAUUUUUUAAAUAUGCAAAACUAACAAAUUCAUAAUAACACAUUUGAAAUUGUGGUGUUUUCCAAACUUUAGGUUCUCUGUAGUAAGCAUUCCUCAGACUAGGAAGCGAUCACUCAGCCAGUAUUCUCUAAUAACUGAGUUUAUCUCAAUAAACUUUGCAUAGCAGAUCUUUAUGCACAGACAAAGAGGUACGUUGUAGUCCAGUUAAAUGCUUUUUAAUUAUUGAACUUGUAACUGAAUUACAACUCCCAUACAUUUUGUUGUGCUUCCUUACGACAUGAACAGUGGUGUUUUUUUGAGAAUCACUGCAUUUGCGUGGAACAGAAAAAGAGCUGUGACACCAUGUUCCUCGGUACUGUAACCAACAAGAAGUAUGUGUAUUAGAGAUGGGGAGAUGAGGGCAGUGACAGAACGAAUGUAAAGGGUGCCCUGGUGCAAGAAUUUGUUUUUAGGCCCCCUCUAGAUCAAGCAUGGCUGGAAGGUAUGUCCCACAAUGCUUUGUCCCCGGAAAUGUCCCACAAUGCUUUUCCAGUUGGGAAACCAUGUGCCCUUCCUUGCCGAGCUGUAUUUAUGAGCAGUGUUUGUGUUUGAAUGUAAUCAUCUUUUAUAUGUUUGAAUGCAUAUGUAUAUUUGUGUGUAGUGUUGGCAAUUGAAAGCAUUUGUGUGUUUGUAUGUACUGUUGCUAUUUAAAAGCAGUGGUGUACUUGUGUGUAGUGUAUGUGUUUGAAUGUGCUUUUAUAUAGAGUUGGCAUUAGAUUGCUGGAAUGUAUGCACAUACACAUUGAAACACACACAGGUACAUACACACACUAAAACACACAGAUAGCACACACACACACAGGUAUACACAUGUACACACUGAUAGUAUAUAUACACAAACAGAUACACACAUAGAUAGUAUAUAUGCACACAGAUACAAACAUACACAAGUUUAAACACACAUACACAAAUAUACACACACGUAUAACACAUAUACAUACUGACAUACAGUUGUGCUCGGUGCUUUGUUUUGGUCGUGUCUGUCUGUGCUGCGGGUGUGUGGGAGUUCUCUGAGAGGCCGAGAGUUGGUAGCAGCCGCACCACCUCUUGCAGGUCUGUAACAGUGUGGGUUUGGCCAUUCUUCUGGACCUGUAGGGCCCUUGGUGAGCGCCAUCGGUAGGCUAUGUUGUUUUGCCUCAGGAGCGUUGUGAUUGUUUGAAGGGACUUGCACCAUUGCAGGGUGUCCCCUGACAGGUGUGCGUAGAAGGUAAGGUUGGCGUUUUCGAAGGUGAAGGGAGUCUUCCCUUUGAGGGCAGUGAGUAUUGCUGCUUUAUCUGUCCCUGAUCAGAACCUCACCGCUAGGUCCCUUGAGGCCGUGUCUGGGGCCCUUUUUGGUUUAGGGACCCGGAAGAUUGCCUCAAAGCUCAUGGAUUUGGUCUGCUGUGGUUUCAGCAAUGUUCCUGUGAGCCUCCUUAUUAGGUGUGGGAACUCUUCUGUUGGUAUGUCAUCAGGGACGCCUCGAAUUUUGAGGUUAUUGCGACGUCUAAGAUCCUCAAGGGCUGCAAAUCGUUGGUCUGUGGCCCCUUGGUGCUUCUUGAUCGCCUGUAUUUAGUUCUGUAGGUCUGCUAGCUCUUGGGCCUGUCCGAUUGUGGAGGCCUCGACAGCCCCUAUGCGACUCGCCAAGCCUAUCAAUUCCCCGCGGAGCUGGGCCACGUCGGCUUGAAGCACCCGCUGCAGCUCUCCCAGCAUGGUCCUCAAAGUGUCCAUGGUGACCGGUUCGGGCCGCUUUUUAGGCUUAGGUGGUGGCGCUAGCGGGUGCACUCAUCCAGGCUCAGCUCGUCUAAGGAGUCUGAGUAUCCGCCAUGUCAGCGUCCAUUUUGGCCCCAUGUGCGUCUUGUGCCUGGCGGAAUAAGUCCAAAAUAUUGUGUCCCGAUCUGGGCUUCUCUGGCUUCGACUUCUUCGACUUCCGCCCCAUAAUGUUUGUGGAUCUUUGGGCUCUGUUUGCGGUUCGUUGUUCAGGCAAGAAACCGUUUUUUAAUAGCCAUUAGUGAGGAGCUCGGCUAUCGUGCAUCCAUUUUGGCUUGCUGCUUGGCCCCGCCCCCUGGAUAUAUUUUUAUAUCCUUUUCCAUCUUAAUAAAGUUCCAUUACCUUGCUACUCAUGUUUUGACAGUUCGUUUCUGCUCCCCAUGGCUCAGUAUCUAGCCUGCUCAGUGCAUCAAUGUGAGAGCUAACAAACUCAUUGAUUAUUUAUACACAGGCAUUAAUUGCACUUUAUAAAGCCACAGGUGUGGGAAAUUAACCUUUAAUUGCUAUUUAGCCCGUGUGUGUCUGUAACAAGGCCAAACAUUUAAGGGUAUGUAAACCUUUGGUCAGGGCCAUUUGGGCGAUUUCUGUUAUCAUUAUGAUUUAAACAGGAGCCAAACAACUAUGUGAUAAUAAAUAGCUUCAUAUGAUCACUAUCCUCUUAUAAAAUACAAUUUUUGCAUGAUCAGUCAUAUUUUCAAAAUCAAUGCCAAAAUGUCACAAUUUCUGACAGGGUAUGCAAACAUUUGAACACAACUGUAUACACACAAAUCACAAUUUACAUAUUUUAGUCACCCCUCUUGCUUUCAAACCUUUUUGGUGCAGGAGGGUAGCUUCCUGGGGGUCCAGUGGCAUCUGGCUGGGUUUGAUGGAUGUUUAGUCCAGACUCUCCCUCUUCUCUGGUUCUGGCUCUCCCUCGUCUCUAUUACCCUCCUUUCUCUCUUGGCAAGUUGGCAAGAAGUGACUUCUUGCAUGCACCACAAUCAAUGCGAUUCAACAAUUCACUGCUUCUUGUAGACACCUUGGAUGGUGUUAAUGUGGAAAUGCCUGUAGUGACUUUCAGUUGAUAGCCACUAGAGUAGCGUUCUCGUACAAAUGUAAACAUUGCAGUUUCCGUUAAACAGUAAUGCUUUACAUUAUCAGAAAAAAGGGGCAGAAUCUAUGCACCAAAACCACUAUAGUACAAUGUAGUGGUUUUGGUACUCAGAGUGUCUCUUUCACAAAGAAAUCUAUUAUCUCCCAUAUAGACAGUGUUUCUAAUAGACCAUCCUUUUGUCAUCAAUUACCAGUUUUGAAUUCAAGCUCAGAAUCAUUAUCUAGACUAACCUCAAUUAGACGUUGUAUCCCUGACAAAAUAUCCAAUUAUCCCUUAAUAUUAGUUUUUCACAGUCUCUUCCAUCCUUAUUAAUGCUUGUUUUUAAGUCACAACUAAUGAUACAGAGUCAAUAAGUCUUAUUCAAUAACCCGGACAGGAUUUGGGGUGACGAUAUGUAGAAGGCCAAUGAAAAAUACCAAAGUUUAAGGAUUUUUCUAGUUCUGCUGUUUUGGUCUAAAUGGGCUGUUUAAUCCCGACUUAUUGUGUACCAAACAUUAUUAUACAUUUCUGUAUCACUGUGUUUGAUUUUAGUCCAUCUUAUAUUUGUAGUUACACUAAUUUAAGAUUGUUUUAAUUACCCAUUACAAUUUUAAACAUUCAGUAACGUUACUGAAAAAGAGUAUCCAUGUAAAAGAAUAUGGAUUCCUAUUAAUCUACUGUGAAUUGGUUUACUAUUACACAGCUUUGCCCAAAUCCUCUCCCUGCAGACAUAUUCAGCUAGCAAGAAAUAUGUGUUAUAAUGAGAUAAAUCAAUAGCAGGAAAUACAAUGUAUUAUCUAUUUAAUUAAUAAAAUGCACAUCAGACUCCGUUAUCGUCACACUUUUCACGAAAGUAACAAAAAAAAAACGAUUCUUAUUAGCUCACGCUAAUUUUAGCGGAACGGAUCUUAAAUUAUAGAAUAUAUUACAUCAAGUUAAAAAGGAAAUUCUUUUUACAACAUGGCUUAUUGGUAGUAUCAGUGAAGUGAGAUGCCAAAAAAAAAAAGAGACGAGAAAAUUGGCCAUUUCUGCUUCCAGUAAAAAAUAACUAAAUUCGAUCUAUAUACAUAAAAGAAAGAAAACAUAUAACACUAUACUGCACUUUAAUGGCACUAAAUCAUGAUGUUGUUAUGGUGUCAUGUACAUAAAACCUUAAAGGAACACUAUAAUGUUAUGAAUGGAAACAUGUAUUCCUAACUAACGCUAUAGUGACAUGAUAACGCCUUAGGAUACCCACCCCCCCACCCAUGUGAAGUAAAAAUGUAGUUCUACUUAUUGUUCUUCCCUCUACAUGCUGCUCUCACCACAAAAUGCUUCACUGCGCCAUUCAGCAUCUCUACAUGGAGAUGUAUUGAAUCAGUUCAUCUCUAUGGGGAGCGUUUCGCGUCUCCAUGCGGAGCGUGGAGAAACUGAACAUAGAUGCUGCAAACAUUACUGGAGCUUACCCAGGAAGUCCCUCUAGUGGCCACCUAAGUGAUGGCCACUAGAUGCACUGCUUAUUCUCUGAAAGGGCAGCAUUUACAUUGCUGAACCUGCUGGGACAUGCUAUAGACAGCAGAAAAAACUGAAUUCGUCUGUAGUGGUUCUAGGCUGAAUAUAGUGUCCCUUUUAUAUAUCCUUGCAUCAUUCCCUCUAUUGGUAUACUCAGAUACAGGCAAAUCUCGCUAAUACAGUGGUUUAGGUUCCAAGACACUGCUGUGGACAAUAUUACAGUUUGUUUGUUUUUUAGUUUGCUAGCGCAUAUACAGUAAAAGCCUUAAAACCUGUUUAAACUAUCAUACAUCGUAUGUACUGUAUAUGAAGUGUGCAAUACUGGUAUUCCCCAAAAAUUUUUUUAAAAAAGAUGUAACCGUAAUAACAUUAAAUUAUAAAAUAUUACGACCUUCACAUACUAGAGAUAUGGAAGUUCAUCAUCUGCCUGAAACUGAAAAGCUCUGUAUUAGCGAGGCGCUGCUAAGUGACGUAUUACUGUCAUUCAUUACAAGUGGUUAUUUUAUUAAAUCAUCUCGAGUAACUGCAUUGCUUGUAUGAAAUGAAUCCAAUGACAAUGCAUUGAACGUUUAGUCUGUCUCUAGUAAGCCAAACAGGCUCUAGCACAAGUUUACAUCUUUAAAAAGCAAAGGGUGAUGUACACUAGUAUAAUAGAUACUCCCUUAACCCCUUAAGGACACAUGACAUGUGUGACAUGUCAUGAUUAUGACAUGUCAUGAUUCCCUUUAAUUCAAGAAUUUGGUCCUUAAGGGGUUAAAGAAUGGGGCAAAGAGUCAUUAGGACAAGUCAACCGAAUCAUGUAAGGCAAGAAAAAUGGCAAAAGUCAUCCACAAUCAUAGAGUCUCUAAGACCUGGAAUGUAGAAGCACCAAUUAAAUAGUGUUGCGCUAUCCACAGGAGAUUCCAGAUUUGUAGCAAACAACAACGCCAUCUGCAGGAGAUGUUCUGUCAUUGAAACAGCCACAAUUUAUACAGACAGCAUAAAAUGUUUGAAUUUUAGUCUGUCCUUGACUUCGCACAGUACUUUCUACCUCUGGCACAGUAAAGAAAAUCCAUGAUUUAGGAAGAGAUAAUAUUAAAACAAUCUUUUAUUAAAUAGUUUUUAAAAAAAAAGUAUUAUAAAAAAAAAAAGAGAGAGACAAAGAAACUGGAAGAAUAUCACUUUAUUUUAAAGAUUAUAAUGUUUUGUAUUUUUUGCAUCGGACGUUCAUAAACAUAAGUUAGAAAAGUAUAUAUAUUGCUUCCAAAUGUGUCAGUUUAUUUUAUCUGGCAUAAUUUCACUGUGUAACUUCACACACCCAUUCAUAUAUACAUGAAAGCCAAAUCUUGGACGCAGUGCUUGUUGAGAGUUGAAGAAACAGAUGUAUUGAACAUUCCAUUAGUAGAUAUUUUGGUUCUAAGAAGUGAUUUUCUCCACAUGUGUCCAAGUAGUAUUUGGUUUUCUCUUCCCUAACAAUAGCAGAUAGGAACACCCAGUGCGCUGCAAGGGUCACGGUCAAUCCCCUCUAGGUGAACACUUGAAUUGGAUUAUGGAAUCCCUCGUCUAAUUGCUGCCAGGACAGCUUCUUUUAACACUGGCCAAGGAUGAAUAUUGUCGUUUGCUAGAAUUUAGGGCCUCUGAAAUUCUCGGUUUCUUCCCAUAUGCAAUGGUCUGAACUGCAUGUAGAUUAUGCAGGUCAAAAAAAGUGAUUGGUAUUCCACUCCUCUUAAAGGAUAUUUGACAUUCCAGAAAUAGAUAAAAAUCUGCUUUUCUUAUCCUACAGUCAUUCUAAUAAAAAUACUUCACACGUAGUGCUAUUCAUUAGAGUGAGAAUUCAAGUCAGCUAUGCUAUCAGUUUGACUACUCUGGCCUUAAAUAUGAAACAAUAUUUUAAUUAUCUCUUUAAUCAAUAACCUUAUGUGUCUCCUUGGUGAAUUUCCCUAGCACAGUCAGAAAAUCUACAAACUACUGUUACUUUACACGUUUUUGUUUAAUGGUUAUUGUAAAUUGGUUAUUUCUGGCAAACAGUAAUUCCCCAUGUCAAUAGCAAUCAGUGGCUGGCAAGUGCUAGUGUCAGGAGGAGGCUCCUACAGCUUGCACGGACAUGUUAAGCGUUGUCUAUCUGUGCAGGGGAGGGCUUGGGAGCAAGUCUGAAUGAAUGGUCAUGUGGCAUUGUGAUGUAGGGAUAGUAUGCGCUGGGAUCAUCCAUCAUUAUGACCAGCACAGCAUAAGCGAAUAUUUAAAGGAACCUGUAGAUGCCCAAGUGAUGCAGGCUGUGUCCUGAGUCCAUGGCUGUAAAUAACAACCUAUGAACAUCUAGUCUUACCUCAUACCCAUCUACAAACACUACCUGGGACAUGUAUCAUAUUGCUAUAGUAUGGCAGCCUGACUGGUCCCAGAUACUACAGGCUGCCUGGAAAUAAUAUCCCCAGAGACGGUCUAUGUCUACAGAACCUGUGAUUGCAGGACACCAAUUCAAGCACAAACUCCUACUGUUGUGAAAUUGUAAAUGCCCUUGUGACGAGACCAAUCUCGCCACUGUGCAUUGGAGGAGCCUGGUUGCCUGCCUGCUGCCUUUUGACUAUGGACCGGCAUUUAAAUACUUUAUUUUCCUAUGCAGAAAAAGUCUAUUCAUGUAUUUCUGCCCGGGCGUUCGGUAGAUUCUAUCUACCGAACAAACAGCCGUCAAUUGACCACCCAGUAGCUGCGGUUAGACGCAGCUUAAUUGACUAUACCAGGUGGCCGCGGCUACGCAUAAUGAACACUGGAUGGCAGCAGUCUGCUGUUCACACGCGGCCAGUUCAUUCAAGGAUUUACUGAAUGAACUCAUUUAACCCAGAUAGACUACCCAAUGCAUUUGCUGCAGCAUUAGAACGGUGUUCCACGCCAAUGUGUGUCCAUGGUAGAGCUGGAAAGGGGGUGAAUUGCCCCACGCCACUAGCAUGGGAAGGCUGGCAAGUUCCUGUCCCAUUGUGUUUUAUACCCCACCAACUAUAGACUGUAAGCUCGUUUGAGCAGGGCCCUCUUCAACCUAUCGUUUCUGUAAGUUUUCUUCUAAUUGUCCUAUUUAUAGUUACAUCCCCCCCCUCAUGGUAUUGUAAAGCGCUACAAAAUCUGUUGGCGCUAUAUAAAUGGCAAUAAUAAUAAUGAUAAGAAAAGUAGAUUUUGGGCUGCAGCUUCACAUCAUUCAUCCGAGUGAUUUAGGAUGUCUGUUUGCACAGUUCUGCAGGGCAAUGAUCAUGACAUUUAUAACAAGCCAGUUGUCACUGAGGCAGUGGAUUCAGUGAGAAACAGUUUGUGUCUUAAAGGGACACUGAAGUCACCAAAACAACUCUAGUUCAGUUUUGGUGUACAGAUCAUGCCCAUGCUAUCUCACAUGUCAAUUCUCUGCCAUUCAGGAAUUAAAUCACUUUCUGUCAAUGCAGCCCUAGCCACACCUCCCCAGGCUAUACACAGUCUGCAUGAGCUAGGGAUGCACCGAAAUGAAAAUUCUGGGCCGAAACCGAAAAUUUAGGAUGCCCUUGGCCGAAAACCGAAAAUGACUUUUUUCCCCCAAAUGAUUUAAAAAAAAGUUUUUUCCUAUAAUUUUAUUAAUAUUAGACUUUUUAAUGAAUUUAAUUAAUCUAAUAUGAAAAACUUCCCUUCUCUCUUCUCCUUUAGUGGUCCACCCCACUUAAUGUUCCUCUCUCUCCCCCCUCUAGUGUUCCUCUCCCCUCCCUCUUUUUAGUAUUCUUUCCACCCCACUCCAUAGUGUUCUUCCCCCCCUCCCCGUCCCAUAGUGUUAUUUCCCUCCCUCCCCUGUCACAUAGUGUUCUCCCCCUCUCCCCUGUCCCAUAGUGUUCUCCCUCUCUCCACUGCCCCAUAGUGUUCUCCCCCUCUCCACUGUCCCAUAGUGUUCUCCCCCCUCCCCUGUCCCAUAGUGUUCUCCCUCUCUCCAUUGCCCCAUAGUGUUCUCCCCCUCUCCACUGUCCCAUAGUGUUCUCCCCCCCUCCCCUGUCCCAUAGUGUUCCUCCCCCUCCUCAUCCCAUAGUGUUCUUCCCACCUCCCCUAUCCCAUAGUGUUCUCCCCCUCCCCUCUCCCCUGUCCCAUAAUGUUCUCCCCCUGUCCCAAGUGUAGUAAUCUUGACCUUUCAUGUUAUCAUUACUAUCUUUCAUUGUGAUAUAUAAUCAUCUGAAUUGUUAAUGCAAGCAUGUCUGUUAACCCCUUCAGGACGAGUGACGGACAAGGUCCUUCAUCCAGGGGAGACCCUUAACGACGGGUGACGGACCUUGUCUGUCAUGCGUUAAAAUUAAGCCCAGAUCGCCGCGAUCGCGGGGUUAACGGUGCUCCGGUCUGCCUCUGUAUUAGAGGCAGACCGGGAGCACCUGAUCGGGCUGCCCCUGCAGCAGUGCUCGCUCUGACAGGCUGUCAGAGCAAGCACAUGUGCUACAUAGACUUACCUUCCGCCUCCCAGCACUUCCGGGUUCUGUGUGAAGUGCAGGGAGACGGAUCAGACCUUAAUUUAAAAUCCCAUACCCAUUUUAAAAAAAUUAACCUCUUCCCUGCCAAUUGAUCACUGACUACAGUGAUCAAUUUGCAGGGUAUACAUUUAACUGUGAUCUGCUUUUUUUUUUUUUAAUUUUUUUUUUUAUGAAUUACCCCAGGGUGUAUUCUUUAAUAAAUAGUAUGUGUUUGUGGGGAAGUUUCAAUAACCAACCGUCUAAACUACUAAAAAAUGCAACAUGGACACAGCGUAAAACUUCAAAGUUAGAAAAAAACUGAAUGGCUGUGUCUCAAAUGUGCCCCUACAAUAUCCACAUAUACCUGGCAAAGGUACAAAUGGGGAUAUUGCUAUACUCAGACGACGUAGCUGAGCAACAUAUGAAGUAUUAUACAGUCGUAGCACACAAGGUUUGCAAAAUAUACUGUGCAAACUCAAUUUGUGUUUAAAAAAGGCAGAAAAAACGCUUAUUACCACUACAAUUGGUACAAGCUAGUGGAAACAUGAUCCCACGCUAAGGUUCAAAAUAUGCCUUUUGAAAUACCCUGGGAUGUCUUCUUUAAAAAAUAGUAUGGAUUUAUAGGGUAUUUGGAUUAUAUAGCCUGGUAAAAUACUGUAAAUUGGGGCAUGGGCACAGCGUAAAAAUUUUAAGUUUGAAAAAAACUGGAAUGGCUGUGUCCCAAAUGUGCCCCUUCCAUGUCCACAUAUACCUGGCAAAGGUACAUAUGGGGGUAUCGCUGUACUCAGAUGACAUAGGUGAGAAACAUAUGAAGUAUUAUAGAGUCAUAGCACACAUAAAGUUUGCAAAAUAUACUGUGCAAACUCACUUUGUAUGUCAAAAAGGCAGAAAAAAUGCUUAUUACCACUACACUUGGUACAAGCUAGCGGAAACAUGAUCCCACGCUAAGGUUCAAAAUAUGCCUUUUGAAAUACCCUGGGAUGUGUUCUUUAAGAAAUGGUAUGCCUUUAUGGUGUAGUUGUAAUAUGUAGCCUGCUCAAGUGCUCCAAAGUGGGUCACGGACGCAUCAAAACCCUCCAUAAAAAUUCACACUUAAAAACCUGAACUUGUCACGUCUCUUUUACAGCACUGUAACUUCAAAAAAGUGUCUAGGUCAUACAUUGGGCAUAUUGUUUUACUCAGAAGACUUAGCUGAGCAUAAUGUGGGGGGUUUGAACUUAGUGGCACAUAUGAAAUAUACAAAAUGCCCAGCAAAAAUGUAAUCCGUAUGUAAAAAAUUCCCCAAAUUAUUUUUUAACACAUACUUUGGCAUGUAUUGGUGAAAAAAUGGGAGCAUGUUAAGGCACAAUAUGCACCAUAUGAGAUACCCUGUCUACUUUUACAAAUGGUAGGCCUUUGUGGGUUUUUUUUUUUUGAACAGUCAAACUACUAUAAUACCCCAAAUUGAAGCAUAGGCCCAUUUAAUCCGUCUCUCAAAAUUCUACUGUAAAUACUGAAAAGGACAAGUCUCCUAUAUGGCACUGUAGCUUCACGAAAUAGUGCCAAAUACAUACAAUGGGAUAAUCGUUGUACUCAGCAGAUGUAGCUGAACACAAAAUAAAACUGUGUACAGGAAUAGCACACAUCAACUUUACAAAAUACACAUGAGAAGUUCUUUGUUAUAAGUUUGUGUGCCAAAAAACAAAAAAAUCCCACAAUUUUACUCCAAUAUUUAGAAGAGAUUGGCAGUGCAAUGGCUACGUAGAAAGUGUCAAAACAACCUUAGGUAAAUAGCCUGUGAUGUCUACUUUAUAUAAAUAUAUACUGUUGUGUGGCAAUUUUGUUUUCUUUUAUGGCUAUUAAGCUUGCAAGACAAACAUACCAAAUUCUAAAAUCGCUCCACAUUAAAUGUUUAUUUUACUCCUUGUGCUUUGUGACCUGUAACUACCAAACAAAAAUUAAAAUCCCAGACACAUUAUAUAUUCUGUAAAUCAGAACAACUAAAUUAAUUUAUUUUUAAUUACUUUAAUUAACCUGCACUAAUUAUGCACACAUUAUUAUUGCAAAAACUGUAAAAAAAAAAAACAUUUCUUUUUUUUUUGCAUUUUUCUAUAUUUUUUAUAAUAAAUAAGCAUUUAUAAAUAUAUAUAUAUAUAUAUAUAUGUUACAUCAAAUUAAAGUCCUUUAAAAAGCAGUAUUUAAUAUGUGUCGGUGCAAUAAACGAGAGAGAUGCAAAUUGCAGUUGAACGCAAACAGCAAGAAAAUGCAAAAAUUGCUUGUGUCAUUAAGCGUAAGACAAGCUUCUGAAGCUGUGUCCUUAAGGGGUUAAACUAUGCACUACAAAAAUAUGAGAUAAGACAGCACCAUGUGUUUACUUUAGAUAUUUUUAUCUCCUGCUCCAUAAUUUGACCUUCUCACACAGGAGGAUCCUGCAGAGUCUUGGAGACUAUUAAUAGAGCAGUACAUUAGUAGAGCAGAAAUUCUAAAUGAAACAAACUGUGCAAAAGAGGAACUUUAAAGAGAAGUUCUUUCUUUGCAUGAGAUGUGACUAUGGCUGCAUAAACAACAUGCAAGAGUAUGCUCUAUACACCAAAACUGCUUUAUUAAGCUUACGUUGUUUUGGUGACUAUAGUGUUCUUUCAAGCACGCACAUGUUUCCAUGCUCUUUCAUACUGUAAAGGUUAUACUGAUGGAGGCAGCAGGGAACUAUGAUGGCAGGUUCAGCAGCCUCCAUCUGUAAAACCUAUAUAUGUUGCAUGCUCAAUUUCACGAGGAUCAUUCCCACUGAGGUCUGUGAGCUUUAUACAUAAAAAUGUCCUUUUUUUUGUACUUGCCACAUCUGGCCAAAGGUAGCCAGUCUUCCUCCUCUGUGUAUAAUGGUGUCCGGGGAGAGAAUUUACUACCAUCCUGACUUCUUUGCCAUCACCCCCUGGUACUCUGCACUCAAACCUUUUUACGAAUAUGAUUUAAGUGUUAUAAAUAUAAGAUACCACAAGCUGAUGGGGUCUUGGUUUUAUUUGCAGGGCUGAAGCUGGACUUACCUGCAUUGUCCUUCAACCUGUUGAUGGGAACAGUAAAAAAACUCGUAUGACCUGGCUUCUAAGCAUAGAUCUCAAGGUAAGUUCAUAAUGUCACAAUCCAUGGCUGAAUUUUAACACCAAUACUACUUUCAGAAUGUUUAACUAUUUUUGAGUAAGCAGAGAAAUGUGCUUAUGUCUCUUACCAUAAUAUUUUGUAAAACUUAAUUGUGGCAUUUCUGGCCCUAAAGUACAGCCCUGACCCUGUAAUUUACCAGCUAGUGAGCACAGUGAGUCUUCCCACUGGCAAUUCAGCUGAAAAUGAUACGGUCCUGUCGUCUCUGCUACCAAAGGCAUAACAGUUCGGACCUUGUAUCGCCAGCACAAACUUCUAUCCUGAGCGCCAGGACUCUGGUUCUUGAGUCGCUAAUCCCUCGGCAAAGCAGGAUACUCUGCAGAGUUGCUCCGGGUAUUACAGGAUAUUCUAUCUAGCUAAAAACCACUAGCAAUUCUGUGAGUGACCGCACUAUAGCAGACAAGAAAGGAAGAGAUAAGCAAGCUUCUUCUUGAUAUGAAAGCUAACUCCAAUGAACUCCUUUAUUGGAUGAGCACACAGAUUUUUCUACAUUUACAGGCAUGGCUCACUUGCUUGCAUUAUACAGGGAGGAGUAUGCAGGUACAGUAAUUACAGUAGGGAAAUGAUCAGAACCAUGACUCAGUCCCACCUUCCACUGUGCUGGCUAAACAUCUUACUGGCUCGCUAGGUACAUUUCCAAAUCCCAUCAGACAGCCUGGUAUGUAGCUGAGGCCAGACGAGGCAAAGAGUAACUGAACAUAUUACACCAGCACUAUUUACAGUAACUAGCAUAGCUGUUCCAUUUCCCUCUGAUAAUCUACAAUGUAACACUCUCUUUAGAUCAUCAUACGUCUGCCCUGCUUCUGCAAGCCAGGAAACUGGCAUUAUGAACUACAUACACUCUACCCGCGCUCUUUGCAUCACUAGCGACGGUAGCAAAAUGGCACUGCGUGUACUUGAAUGGCAAAAUGAAAAAGAGCCAGUAGGCCAUUCGUCGCACUAAUGCUUUUAAUUAGCAGCUAUUAUAUAAAUAAAACAAUCUCCUCUAUACAAGUUUGCUAUGAAAAUAUUUUUUUGUCUGAGAUACUAGACUUUGACUAAAGGCACAUACAGUACCAAGAGACACUAUUGCCAUUUGCGUCUUGGUGCUAGAAGCCAAGUCUGAUUUUCAGUAAUCAUCUCUGCACAUAAUCUCAGGGUAUAUUCUGGGUUAGUGUUAUACGCGGUAACGUUUAGUUAGGAAGUAUAAAUUACUUAGUAAUAUUAUGAAAACACAAAAAAAGUUCUCAAUUUCUGUUUUCUAAGUGAAUGUUCUUGCAUUUUUGUUUGUCACAGGGCUGGAUCCCCAAACGUGUAACGGACAACGCAUUAUCCCGGUCUCAAGCUGAUUUUAUUGAACACCUACGGAAGCAUCUAUCUUUUAAUGCUGACGCUGUCUAACUCUAUAAAAUGCUGAUGCUAAAUUAUUUUAUUAAUUUUAAAUGUUGAUAAAGUUGUUAAAUGUUAAAAAUG